GCGAUGCUUCCAGCAGAGUGAGUCCUACCCUGCUAAGGGCUCUCUGUCCCCGGUCGGGGAGGGAGCCGCGGUCAUUUCCAGUGGCACGCCAUCUCGUGUAUACGGCGGGCAGGUCUGGUCCUGCUGUCCCAGCACCGUCCUGCCGCCAAAGCCAGCCUCGGGGGCACGGGCGGUGCUGGCACGGCGCGGUGGGGCCGCCGGGGCUGCUGAGACCCCGCUGCCAGUGCGCUUGAUGCCCCCAAAAAGGCGACUAGUGCUUUAGCAAACACGACUCCAGCCUUGCUCCGGCUGCCGCCAGGCUCACGGCACCCGCGAAGGGCCGGGAGCUGCAUCGGGGCGGGAUGGGGGGAGGUUCGGGCGCUUUUGCAGUUUGCUGUACCACACCUCAGCCUUGCCUCCCCUGGGCUCGGGAGGCUUCCCGGUGGGGCUGCCAAGGGAUCAGUCAUGGCCACUACGCCGAGCCGUGAUUUAGCAUUUUACGCGGCGGUGGCAGCCCUGCUCUUGCACUGGGAGCUCACCGCAACACCGGAGCUUUCGGGCUACUUCUGGGAAAACUCCUGACGUGGCUGUGCAGAAGAACGGGGCCAGUUCCCCGCUCCGGCUCGCUUCAGCGGAAGGAUGUGCGGGGCGGUCCGUGCGGCCCGGGCAGCGGAUGGAGGCACCGGUGUUCACCCACGACAGACGCUCCUGCUCCAGCCCCGUCCGGCCUCUCGGCCGAGGCGGCAGCGCCGUGACCCAGCUCGGGGUCUCUCCCCUCUCGGAGCCACUCCCGGCCCCACGCCUCUCUCAGUCUCGCAGGGCGCCGGGCUGCGCUCCCCGGGCUCCGCGCCCGCCCCGCAGCCCGAGCCCCGGCCCGCUCCGGCCGCCGCCGCCCCCCGCCGCCAGCGCCGGCCCCAACUCCUCAUUGGCCGCCGCCGCCGGAGGGAGGAUGACGCCGGGCGGGAGCGGGGCCGGGGGUAUAAAGGCCGGGCGGGCCGGCCGUGCCGCGCUCCCGCUGCCCCGCACGCCCCGCCAUGCCGCGCGGCUUCCUCGUCAAGCGCAGCCGGAGACCCGGCGGCUCCUACCGGGCACGCCCGCGGGAGCGGGACCCUGACCGGGACCCUCCGCCCACCCCGCCGCCGCCCCCGCCGCCCGGCGGGGACAGCCCCGCCGCUAGACAGGGAGCGGAGGAGGAGAAGGGCGAGGAGGAGGAGGGAGCCGUCGCCGCUUGUCCCGCGACGUGGCCGCCCGGCGGCGGCUGCGGCGGCCCCGGGCUCACCCCGCCGGAGGCUCCGGCCGCCUGGGGGGCGACGGGGCCGUGCAGCGCGGCGGGGCCGCGGGCGGCUCUCUUCGAGCGGUGCCUCAGCUCCCCCGCCUCCGCCGAGUCCUUCCCCCUGGCCGCGUCCUUCCCGCCCGCCGAGAAGCUGCUGCUGCAGCCGCGCACGCCGCUGCCCGCCCCGCCGCUGCCGUCGGUGCCCGCGCUGAAGCGGCCGUCUCGGGCCAAGGCGCCGGCCAAGAAGGGCAAGGCCACGCGGAAGCUGAGCUUCGCCGACGAGGUGACCACUUCGCCCGUGCUGGGGCUGCGCAUCAAAGAGGAGGGGCCCGAGGGCCGGCCGGGGCCGCCGGCGGGGCGCACGCCGCUGGGCGAGUUCAUCUGCCAGCUGUGCAAAGAGCAGUACGCGGACCCGCUGGCGCUGGCCCAGCACCGCUGCUCCCGCAUCGUGCGCGUCGAGUACCGCUGCCCCGAGUGCCACAAGAUCUUCAGCUGUCCCGCCAACCUGGCCUCGCACCGCCGCUGGCACAAGCCGCGUCCCGGCCCCAGCGCCGAAGGCGCCGCCUCCGCCCCGCCGGGCAAGGAGAACAGCCCCGAGCGGCGGCCCCGCGGCCCCGCCGCGCCCCAGCCGCCGCCGGGAGCCCGUCAGCACCGCGGCGGCGCGGACAGCGCCGGCGGUGCCCCGGCCGCCCCCGGCGCCAGCCCCGGCCCAGCUCACGGCGGCGCUCCCGGCCCGGGCGGCGGCCCCGGCGGGGAGGCGUUCGCCUGCCCCUGCUGCCAGAAGCGGUUCCGGCGGCAGGCGUACCUCCGCAAGCACCUGGGCACCCACGGGGCAGCGCGGCCUGCCGCCUUCGGCCCGCCGGAGCGCGGGCCCCUCACCUUCGCCUGCCACCUCUGCGGCGCCCGCUUCCCCUCGGCGGACAUCAGGGACAAGCACCGGCUGUGGCACGCCGUGCGGGAGGAGCUGCUGCUGCCGCCGCCGCCCGCCGGGGUCCCCGAGAGCGGCGCGGCGGGCGGCGAGCGGCAGGGCUUCCCCUGCAAGCACUGCCCCGCCACCUUCUUCAGCGCGCCCGGGCUGGCGCGGCACGCCAGCAAGUGCCACCCGCCGGAGAGCAGGCAGGUCCUGCUGCUCCAGGUGCCCGUCCGGCCGGGCUGCUAGGCCCGCGGCCGCCCCGCUGGGACUGCUCCGAGAGCCCGGGCUAGCCGAGCGAGCCCUGGCCACGCUGUAAUUCCUAUGGAAAGUCGCGGCUCUCACGGCUACGACGUCGGCGGAGCCGCCCGGUGACUCCCGGCCGGUGGGUAGCGAGGCGCCGGCACGGCGGCGCGUUCGGCCCACGGGCCGCGCUGCCCGCGGCGCUCAGGCCGAGCCCCGCCGUGCAGGGAGCGCCGCGCAGCUCCCCGGCCGUCGGCACGGCCCCGGGCCCGCGGCAGCAGGCGAGAAGCCCCGGCAGCAUCCGCCGGGAGGCGGGCAGCGCCGAGGCGUCGGGUGGCGGCCCACCGCCCGUACAUCUUCCGUAGCGACGGAGAGAAGUACGGCUGUAUAUAGGGUAUCUAAAGAGAGGAAUUAUUUUUCGUGAGAAAAGGAGCCUGAUCUAGUGACCUUGUUUUAAUAGCCUUAGCCCCCGAGCUUCAACAUUGGUGGUGUACUCUGUACUAAGGUAGCUGAGAAGGUAAAUGUUCAUAUUAAGUCAGUGUCAAGUCACAUAAUAGCUAGCAAAACGUAUGGGAAAUUAAUCGUGCUGUCUGCUUAAUUGAAAUACGAGGUGUUGAUCUUCUGUAGCUAAGUGCGCAUCUCCUGCUUACUCUGUGUCUCUGGCCUCUAGCAACAGUGUGGUAGGCAAAACACGCGUGUCUGGCGGCUGCCCGUUCCAAAAGCUGCUCCGCUCCGUUAGUGGCUCGCUGGCGCGGCACGGGCAGCAGCCACACGGGCGGCUCGCUCCCAGCGGGCAGGCGGGAAGCGCCGGGCGCGGCUCGCCCCUUCAGGCGGCCUCCGGCCUCCCUCCCCUGCGAGCUGCGCCUUUGAUGUGAGCUCCUCCGAGUCUUGUGAACAGCUGAAAUUAGGACGUGAAGCAGUCUUUGGACAUGUUGCUAAAGCACAGGUGAUGGGCUACCUUCCUUCUCCCUAACGACACCUACCUUUAGCAAAGCAACCCGCGGUGUGUGUUCCCUGGCUUUGACAGUGCUCUGGCCAAAUGCUUUCAAAUGCUGUUGAAUUUACCAGCUACUGACUUCAGCCAGUAUUUGUUUACUUAUUUUUUUCCAUGAGUGCUUGUUUCUAAAUGUGAUAGCAGAUGAGGCUAAAAAUAAGGGCAAAAAAAUUCAAUAAAGGUUUAAAAGAAAGCUCAUGCCUUUCUUGAAUUCAGCAGGGCAAAGUGGGUCAGCUGGUGACUUCUAAAGAACCAAAUUGAUCCCAGUCACAGUCUUUGUUCUAACACUUUCUCUGACAUGAGCAUGUAAAAUAUUUCAAUCUCUUGAUUAGCAUCUCUAAAGCAAUUAUUUCUGUAGUUUUAUAUUUUGCUACACACAACAAAAGAUGUAUGAUGCCCAAAGGCUGCAAGCAAGCGAUAAGUACUUUAUGUUAAAUGUGCUUCACUGACUUUUGUCAUUUUAGUUCCAGAACCUGGACAAAUGAAUUAAUACAAUAUAACCUAAUGCAGCCAAAAUUUGCUUUCCAACAAAGGAGGCUAAACUUGCAACUCACUAAUAUGCCAAAAAUAAAGAAUGUUAAUUUAAGUUGUGCAUUUUUCUGUCGUUUGUUGGCAACAGAGACUUAAGUAAAAAUACCUGUUUAUGCAAUUAAAUGAGUUUGCCCCUGGAGAAAGUCACUAGUUUUGUUUUUUUUUUUUUUUUAAAUCAUAGUUCCUCUUUCUCUCCUUGUGUAGUCAAAGAUGACGGCUCCAGACCAUGCAAAUGUGGUGAUUAUUAACUGCUCCUACAAUCAGCACUUGAACGACCAGCCUGCCACAGGGAACAGCCUAUGCUUUGUAUCACCUGCAGAGUUACAUGCAAUGUAUUUACUAAAUCCAGGGAAAAGUUUUCAUUUGGGCGUUCUUGAGAACUUGUGUGUACUUUUUAAUACAAAGGAAAACUAAGCUGUGUAUUGCAUUUAACUGCUCCAUGUGGAUGUAAUACACAAAUCUUCUAUAAAUUGGACUAAAAAUCUAAUCAGUGAAUAACUAAUAUACAAAAGGUGGUAAGAAUAAUUUUAUUGGAUUAUUAAAUAGCAUGUCUUCUCUUCAACCAUUACAAAUUUGUAGAUACUACAUGAAUGACAAUACAUAAUUUCUUUUUUUAUUGUUGCCCAUAUAUUUACACAUGCAGUUAGUACCGAUGCCAUGCUACAUUUUGUUAACAGCAUUUUGUUGUUUACUAGACUCAAAAUGUGAGCAUUUAAUUUUCUGUAGGAAAAUACCUCUGGGUGGGUGGAACUCGUGUACAAAUCUGCGCUCACAAGGUUGAAAUUAUUAAAUUAUUAGCAUUUCAGGCCAGGCUCCCGGAGCAUGUUCCCUUUUCUCUCCUAGUACUCAUCAUCACAGCAAUGAACUGCUAUCAGGAAAGUGUUUGUUUGGUUUUUUUUUAAUGUAAGAAAAAAAGAAUAUACAUCUAGAUGAAACAGCAUAAUGAUAACGGCUAAAACUCAUGAAACUCAAUGGCAUUUACUAUUGACACCACUUGGAAAAGCAAAUAUUAUAAAAAAUAUUUGGAAGCUGAGCAUAAAUAGAAUUUCAAGACAGUGAUUUUUUUUUUUCUGGCAUAGAUUAUCUGCAGAAUUAUGAAAUGAUACAUCGCUUUAUGAUGAAAGGGUGCUAUGAGCAAAUUAUUUCAUUUGGAUUCUGUGAUACUUGAAAUGCCAUUGAACUAUUUUAUUCUCAACAUAAAUAAUCUGUACACAUCUUGUGCAUUAACAUUGUGACAUCUGACAAAGACUUUACAAAUGCAACUUCAAUUUAAAAUUGUACAUUCAUUUUCAAAUUGUACAUACUUCUUUCUUUGUUACAGAGAAAAUUGCAAUGGGGCACAAUAAAUAUAGUGUAAUCCAA